AACACAUUUCUUUCUUUCUUUCUUUCUCCUGAAAAAAUAUUCAUUAAGAAAGAGAAUCCUAUCUCUUUCCAAUGGAUUCUACUGAUUCAAUCCUUUUUCUUAGUUGAGAAAUCGAUUUUCUUUUGUCGAUUUCACAACUCGCAAUGUCAAGCGGGAGGCUUUGCGGCUUCACGCCGAUAACCUUCUGUCGAAAGAUCACAAAGUUGCAGGUCGCUCGAGGGCUAGCUCUAAAAAGGCUUAUCAAAGGAAAACACGAAUUUAGACGUGCAGCAACAUCAAAGAACAAUGUUGAUCAGAAAAACAAAAAUAAAGAGAUCAAACGCACAGCUUCACAAAUAUCUUCUGUUGUAGAAGCUUCUCCAAAGAGUUUGCAUUCUACAAAACAUGUUUCUACUCCCCGUGGCGCCGCAUCUCCUAUGUCGGUAAAGAAUGCAAAGAAUCAAGUGAAUACACCGAAAAAUAACACUUCGGAUGGUUCUUCGCCGAAAUGUAUGGCAAAUUUCAUCUUGAUGGUGGAACUAAGGAAGAACAUCUUUGCUUUUAGAGAUAUGAUUGAUUUACCUUCUCUUGAUGGUUCUCUAUCUGUCACCGAGAUUAUAACACAAACAAUGAAGGAUUUACAAAAGCUUUCUCCUGAGAUUGUAACCAUUAAUCAAUCUUUUGUAAUGGAAGGAGCUGACAUGGAUAAGAUGUUGAUUUUCUUCUACGAAGAUCUCAGAGCUAUUGGGGAUUCUUGGAUUAUGGAUACUGACUGGAUCUAUCGAUCCAAGUACAAAAACAGUGGAGUUGGCAAGAAUAAGUCUGAUCGUCUAGUGGAGCAUGUAUUAGCAGCUCUUGAUGGACUAAUCAAGACGACAAGAGAAAGGUUCGGUAUGAUGGAUCAUGAAUCUGAAGGAAGAAAGAAUUUUACACCAAAGGGUGUUUCAUCAGAAGCAAGAAGAAGCUUUACAAGAUCUGCUUCUUAUUCAGAAAGUAACAACUCUUUUUACCCAUCCCCAUUAACACCAAGAUCAGUACUUCCGGGGACAAUGCUAAUGUCUAGUAACUCAACAUCUCCAAGUCUUUGGAACUUGAGAGCUCAAGCUUUGGAUAGGUUAAGCCCUGUUGAUUUGAAGCGGUUUGUUAAUGAUAUGAAGAUUAGUAUCGAAGAAGAAAACGAAGAGAGCGAUACAUCAUUAGCAGAAAAGGAAGAGGAGGAAGAAGAAGAUAAUGAUUCCUCUGUUUUCGAAACAGAGAAGCAUGAUAUUGAAACAGAGGAUCAUAGGGAAGGUUCUGGAACAGAGCAUGAGACUGAAGCAGAGCAUGAGAUUGAAGAACAUAAUCACAUCGAUGGUUCUGACACAGAGCCUGAGAUUGAAACAGAGCAUCAUCUUGUAGGUUUUGAAACAGAGGACCAUAAGGAUCAUAGGGAAGGUUCUGGAACAGAGCAUGAGACUGAAGCAGAGCAUGAGAUUGAAGAACAGAAUCACAUCGAUGGUUCUGACACAGAGCCUGAGAUUGAAACAGAGCAUCAUCUUGUAGGUUUUGAAACAGAGGACCAUAGUGAAACCACAACUUCAGAGAGUAACUCAAUAGACUAUUCUCAAAAAGAAGAAGAAUCAGUACCUCGAUCGCCUCCACCUCCGCCACUUCCAUCACCGCAAUCGCCGUCACCAAUAGCCUCAAUGUUAAACAACAAAUCCACUCUUAUCUCGCAACCACCACCCCCACCUCCAUCACCACAGUCUGAACUCAAAGCUCCGGCUCCUCCACCGCCACCACCUACGUCAAAAUCAUCUGAAAGUGGAGCUUUUUGUCAAUUUCCGAGACAACAAUCAAUGCCGGCACCUCCAGCACCACCAGGUAGCGUAAGAUCUUUGCGUGCUAAGAAAGCAACUAGCAAAUUGAGAAGAUCAGCACAAAUAGCAAAUCUCUAUUGGGUUCUCAAAGGGAAGCUAGAAGGCCGAGGCGUUGAAGGGAAAACAGGAAAAGCAAGUAAAGGGCAAAAGAAUGUUCCAGAGAAAUCUCCUGUUAAAGGUGCAAGAUCAGGAAUGGCUGAUGCACUUGCAGAGAUGACAAAGAGGUCAAGUUAUUUCCAGCAAAUCGAAGAAGAUGUUCAGAAAUACGCUAAAUCAAUCGAAGAACUGAAAUCUUCAAUACAAAGUUUCCAGACAAAAGACAUGAAAGAAUUGCUUGUUCAUAGCAAAGUGGAAUCUGUUCUUGAGAAACUAACUGAUGAAACUCAAGUUCUCGCGAGGUUUGAAGGUUUCCCUGAAAAGAAACUAGAAGCAAUAAGAACAGCAGGUGCCUUGUACAAGAAGUUAGAUGGGAUUUUAGUUGAGCUCAAGAAUUGGAAAAUUGAACCUCCAUUAAACGAUCUUCUAGACAAGAUAGAACGUUACUUCAACAAAUUUAAAGGAGAGAUUGAAACGGUUGAGCGAACAAAAGACGAAGACGCUAAAAUGUUUCAGAGAUACAACAUUAACAUCGAUUUCGAAGUUCUUGUUCAAGUCAAAGAAACUAUGGUUGAUGUUUCAUCAAAUUGCAUGGAGUUAGCACUAAAGGAGAGGAGAGAAGCAAACGAGGAAGCGAAGAACAGUGAAGAAAGCAAGAUGAAUAAUAUGAAGGCAGAGAGAGCUAAGAGGAUGUGGAGGGCAUUUCAGUUUGCUUUCAAAGUUUAUACAUUUGCAGGAGGUCACGAUGAACGAGCAGAUUGUUUAACAAGACAACUUGCACAUGAGAAAGAAGAUAAUGAUUCCUCUGUUUUCGAAACAGAGAAGCAUGAUAUUGAAACAGAGGAUCAUAGGGAAGGUUCUGGAACAGAGCAUGAGACUGAAGCAGAGCAUGAGAUUGAAGAACAGAAUCACAUCGAUGGUUCUGACACAGAGCCUGAGAUUGAAACAGAGCAUCAUCUUGUAGGUUUUGAAACAGAGGACCAUAGUGAAACCACAACUUCAGAGAGUAACUCAAUAGACUAUUCUCAAAAAGAAGAAGAAUCAGUACCUCGAUCGCCUCCACCUCCGCCACUUCCAUCACCGCAAUCGCCGUCACCAAUAGCCUCAAUGUUAAACAACAAAUCCACUCUUAUCUCGCAACCACCACCCCCACCUCCAUCACCACAGUCUGAACUCAAAGCUCCGGCUCCUCCACCGCCACCACCUACGUCAAAAUCAUCUGAAAGUGGAGCUUUUUGUCAAUUUCCGAGACAACAAUCAAUGCCGGCACCUCCAGCACCACCAGGUAGCGUAAGAUCUUUGCGUGCUAAGAAAGCAACUAGCAAAUUGAGAAGAUCAGCACAAAUAGCAAAUCUCUAUUGGGUUCUCAAAGGGAAGCUAGAAGGCCGAGGCGUUGAAGGGAAAACAGGAAAAGCAAGUAAAGGGCAAAAGAAUGUUCCAGAGAAAUCUCCUGUUAAAGGUGCAAGAUCAGGAAUGGCUGAUGCACUUGCAGAGAUGACAAAGAGGUCAAGUUAUUUCCAGCAAAUCGAAGAAGAUGUUCAGAAAUACGCUAAAUCAAUCGAAGAACUGAAAUCUUCAAUACAAAGUUUCCAGACAAAAGACAUGAAAGAAUUGCUUGUUCAUAGCAAAGUGGAAUCUGUUCUUGAGAAACUAACUGAUGAAACUCAAGUUCUCGCGAGGUUUGAAGGUUUCCCUGAAAAGAAACUAGAAGCAAUAAGAACAGCAGGUGCCUUGUACAAGAAGUUAGAUGGGAUUUUAGUUGAGCUCAAGAAUUGGAAAAUUGAACCUCCAUUAAACGAUCUUCUAGACAAGAUAGAACGUUACUUCAACAAAUUUAAAGGAGAGAUUGAAACGGUUGAGCGAACAAAAGACGAAGACGCUAAAAUGUUUCAGAGAUACAACAUUAACAUCGAUUUCGAAGUUCUUGUUCAAGUCAAAGAAACUAUGGUUGAUGUUUCAUCAAAUUGCAUGGAGUUAGCACUAAAGGAGAGGAGAGAAGCAAACGAGGAAGCGAAGAACAGUGAAGAAAGCAAGAUGAAUAAUAUGAAGGCAGAGAGAGCUAAGAGGAUGUGGAGGGCAUUUCAGUUUGCUUUCAAAGUUUAUACAUUUGCAGGAGGUCACGAUGAACGAGCAGAUUGUUUAACAAGACAACUUGCACAUGAGAUUCAGACAGAUCCUGAUCAAACUGAUUCAUCGAACAUGUCCUGA